GGUAUAGUUGAUAAAUGAUAAGUGAACAUGAUAAGAAUUCUCUAUGUUUUUCGCAGUCAGUCACUCCACAGUCCAUACCGGUAAAUCGUAAUUGGGUUAUUUCAAAAAUCUCGAAGUAAAUAUUUAAUAAUUCCUAACAGUUAGUAGCAUAGACCUUAUAUAUUAUAGGUCUAUUGUUACUAGUAAAGUUCAAAAUAAUUUGAAUUUUAAAAAGAAAAAAUGUUAAAAAAAUUACCAUCUCCUAUUUUCACGUUGAAAUGUGAAAAAUUUACUCCAUACUGCUUGAAAUUCUAUUUAGAUGGUGAAAUUCUCUAUGUUGGCACUUUAAACGGAGAAAUUCUUGUCUGGAACCUAGAGUCCAAUCGUUUAAAAAACGAAAUUAAAGCUGGCACAGCGUGUAUAAUGACCCUAGAACUGUUGACCAAAAAAAAUCAAUUAGUGUCGCAAAAUAAAGUGGGCGAAAUAAAAUGUUGGCAAAUAGACGGUAUUGAACUCAAACUCCAUCAUACAUUAUCAACCCAAAUAAUUGGAUUUUGUAAAUUGGCCUUGUACAAAACAAAUAUGUUAUUGUGCAAAGGAGAAAAGUCUACAAUGAAUUGUUAUUCUACUGACAGUUACGAUAAAAUUACUGAAUUUAAUCCACACCAAGACGACAGUUUGGGAGAUUUGAUGGCCGUAAAAUCUAUUGGUGAUUAUAUAUUUUGUGGUUAUGAAGCUAAUAUAAUUGUUGUGUGGCAGGAAGAUCAUAUUGUCAAUCAGUGUAGCUUUCCCGAACUAGAAUGUUUGAUGGCUCUGGAUGUGGAUCAUAAUGUGACCAAAGGUAUUUGUGCUGGUAGCUCAAAUGUGAUAAACACAUUUGAUAUUACAAAAGGUAAUCUAAGCCUAAAUAAAAGCAUUAAGAUUACAAAUCCUGGUGUUAAUGUUUUGCAGUUAAGACCUGAUGAUAAAAUAGUCGCUGCUGCCUGCUGGGAUCUAACCGUAAGACUAUUUUCUUGGAAAACCAUGAAACUGUUAGCGGUUUUGGAUUCCCAUUCGUCUGGAGUCUUAAGUAUUGCAUAUUCCGAAUUGUCAGUAACGUUUUGGAAAGCUAAAUACUUGCUGGCUGUUGCAAAUAAAGAUAACAAAAUCACUCUCUGGGAUGUGUACAAUGGAAAAGACAAAGAUUGACUCAUAUUAAUAUAUUAGUACUUCCAUUUCAAAGUGAUGCCAAUUUAUGGGAAAGUACAGAUUUUCAAAACAAAUUAUAUACUUUAUAAUCAAUAAAAUGUUUUAGAAAAUUGAAAAUGAAGCAAUUUGAUUACUAUAUAAAACACUUAGCAGAGUGUAUUUUUAUGUUAUGAACUUAUG